AUGUCAUCAACUGCUCCAAUUCGAAUCUUCUUGGAUUUAACCGCUGAAGGGAUUUCAAUCGGAAGACUUACUUUUCAGUUGAGAGAUGAUAUCUGUCCAAAGACUUGUGAAAAUUUUCGAGCACUCUGCACUGGUGAAAAAGGAUUCGGCUACAAGGGUUGCCUUUUCUAUCGUGUUAUUCCUGGAUUUUGUGCAUGCAGUGGUGACUUUGAAACAAACAAUACUGAUCGAAGUGGUGGACGCUCGAUAUUCGGUGAAAAAUAUUUCGAAGAUGAAAAUUUCAUUCUAAAACAUGAUAGUCGCGGAGUACUAUCAAUGGAUAACUAUGGAUGGCCGGAUACUGUUAGUUCGCGCUUCUUCGUUACAUUCGAUGAAGCUCCAUGGUUGGACGACUAUCAUGUCGCAUUUGGUAAUUUGAUAGAUGGCUUCGAUACGCUCGAUCGCUUAGAAUCGUAUGGUAUUCUAGAAGGAUACGGUGCACAGAAAGGGCGAACCACCGCUACAAUUGCCAUUCAGAAUUGUGGUCAGAUUUCAUGA